CCGGAACCUCGCUUUUUAAAGGCGAGAGGAUCGAAAGAAAUAUUUAUUGACUGGCCUUUGAGAACAUAUCAGAGUACGAUCUUAAAAUAGAAAUAGUAAACAAAUGGCAGCCUCCCUUGGACUGAGCCGCUCACAGCAGCAGAAGAGUGGGAAGCAAAAAAAUCUAUCUUACCUGGAGAGCAACAAGGAAAAUAGGCCUUUUGAGAAAUUUCCCACUAAAAAGGAGAAUCAUGUGGAAAGAAUGGAUGUCAGCCCCCUGAUUCGCAGGGAAAUGAGAGAGAAACACACCUCUCAGAGUGACCAAGUCACCAAGGAGAGAGUGGUAUUGAGGGACAAGAUUAAUGCCAUGCCCAACAACAAGGGGGGAAACCUAAAGGUCAAGGCCACAUCAGAUUCAUUAUGGACCAAAAAGGGUGGAUUACUGAAGAAAGGGAAGUCCCUCCAGAAGGCGGUUUUCAGUGUGAAUAAUCCUGAGCCUUUAGCUGUGAUGGAUGAUGAUUUUCUGCCAAUGGACAUCGAUUUUGUAGACCCUUUACACAAGAUCCGAGAGGUCCAAGUAAAGAUUCCAAAGGAAAUCCAAGAAAUCAAGAACAAGCUCGGAGGUUCAUUCAACAGUCCAGACUACGCAGAGGACAUCUAUGAAUACUUACAGUAUUUGGAAAGAAGGUUUAUAUAUCCUGAGAACUUUCUGAAUAACAACGGGGAGGUUACCCCACAGAUGAGAAGCAUUCUGACCGACUGGUUCAUUCAAGUCCAGGUGCACCAGGAGCUAUCCCAGCAGACAUUGCACCUGACUGUGGAACUAGUGGACCGAUUUCUAACCUAUCAGAAGAUUCCCCUCAAUACGUUCCAACUUGUUGGAAUUACUUGUCUUCUUAUUGCUGCCAAGUACCAUGAACGGUUCGCUCCAGAGGUGCAGACCUUGUGUUACCUGACGGACAACACCUACAACAAGGAGCAGGUGCUGAGAAUGGAGAGACAAAUCCUCAGAGCCAUUGACUUUGACCUUAGCGUCGUUGAUGUCACAGUCUUCAUGGACAAAAUCCUCCAGAUUGAGAGUGACCUUGCUAAAGAGAUGAGGCAGUUGACGAAGUACAUACUGGAUCUGACUUUGAUCUCAGAUGAGUUUGUGUACAGUGUUCCCUCUCUGAUGGCCUCUUCAGCAAUUUGUCUGGCCAGGAAGAUCCUAGUUCCAGACAACAACAGCUGGACUCUUGGCUUAUCCUACUUCUCCAGAUAUGCAGAGAAGGACCUCAUCCCUUGUAUGAAGAAGAUGGUAACCCUUCUGAUCAAGGCUCCGGACUGCAAGUUCCAGGGAGCCCGGGUGAAAUACUCCACUGACUCAUUCUGUAGAAUCAGCCACCACCCAAACCUCAAGGCCCACAUCCAUGACAUCCUGCAGGAACUGAGUCAGAAGACUGAGGUCUAGGCUGGAGAUCAGGACUACUGGAUUCACAUUACAGGGAUGCAUAGCAUCAAUAGGAAGGCUUAGGAAACUGUUGUCAGUACUAAUGAAUGUUCUAUUAUAUGGCCCUUUGACUUUGAUACUUACCAUGGCUCAGUGGUGUUAAACAUUCCAUAAACAUCUUGGCGUCAGAAACCCAUUGUAUGGUCAAGAAGUUUAUUGGAUAUUGUGUCAUGUGCAGUGGUUGUAAAAAGGCUAUAAAGAUAAAUUAGUCUAUAUAUUGCAAACAUUGCCAUAUUAGAAUAUUGAAAUAAUUACCUCACUGUUGAACACAGGGUUUUGACACAAACUGAGAUUUUUUUGUAACUUUUUUUUUGUUUUGUUGGGGUUUUUUUUUUUUUUUUUGGUAUUUUUUGAUAAAUGCUGAGUCCAAAGGCCUUGGGUUUAUAUUCUCCAACAAAUUUCUCAGCCUUGGAAAAUACUUCCUGCACACUAUUGUCCUCAUUUUGUAAACAUACCUAUUUAUUUUUCAGUGCAAAAAAAAGCUAUAUUUUUUUAAUGCAAAACAAGUUGUGUAUAUCGUUAGAUAGAUCUCCGUUGCGGGUAAACUUGCAAACAACAACCACAUUUUGAGAACAUUUGCAGAUUUUGAUUUGUGUAUAGUGCUAAAAAAUUCAAAUUUGGUUUGUCUUUAUAUAAAUCUAGUUUAAGAUUUAUAUCAUUCUGAACUUCUGCUAACUGUUGAAACAAUUGGUAACAAUGUAACAGUAUUGUUUGAAAUUCUCAGUUUAUAUUGAAAGUGUAAUGUUUUGUGAUAUGACAUACAAUUGUUAGAAGCUUUAUACAUAUGUUGAUGUGUUUAUUGAAGGGUGCUUUUUUCACUCUAUCGCAGCAAUUCUGUUAUUAUACAUUUAUUUAAUGGUGCACUAAAACAGUUGAAAUAUUUCAACACUUGUUCUCAUUAUUUUUGUAAAUAUAUAACAAUUUGAUAAUUUCAAAAUUUAUAUUUUGUUAUGAUAUACAUAUCUUGUUCAAAUAAAUUUUUCAUUGUA